AUACGGGUGUUCGGUUACACGUCUGAUUACCCGCGCCGGCACGCAAGAACGCUGGAUGCUGGAGUAUGCGCUCGCUGUAACGCGCACCCGUUUUCUGCACUCAUGAAUUUUGUCACUGGUGACCGUGUACUCGUUCGAGAAGGUUACAUCCCGUUCGACAAUGAGAGGCGAUGUGCUCACCUUGCCCGCGUUGGCAUCGUGGACAUUUCUUCUACUUAGUGGAGGACGCCGUGGCCUCGUUGUCCAUUCCCUGGAAAUGGGACAUCCUGCACCGCUGGAAGCACGCCGACUGGCUGCGAAACAGGAGGCACCACCCGGCCACCGCCGCACUCCUGGAGGACAAAGGCGCGGCCGGCGAGACACACUGUUUCAACGAUCGCAUGUUUCUUGUGUACGAUCGCGACCUUUGCACCAAAGAAGAAGAUGACCCGAGUGACGCCAUCGUCUUCUUUCAUCCGGCUAAUAUGGCGCUGGAGCAGAAGUGCGACCUGAGCUGCCAGCUGGUGGGCGUGGUGCACUUCUUCAACUCGUGCUUCGACACGCCUCGGGCUAUCGAACUGAAGGAGAACAAGGUCGCCGUGCGAGUGCUCGACAACUACAUCGUCAUCCUUGGAGGACCCAAAAACCUGUCGAAUUACGUCCUCCAGCAGCAGAUGGACUUGUUCGUCAGACUUCUCCGGUUUUACCACAAGGGACUAGCAGACAUGAAGGAAGUGUGUUCCAGCGGAGAACCAUUCGGCGAACGGGUGCGAGAGUUCUGCAACUCCUGCCUUCCCGUGUGCUGUGGUCGGAAAGACCGGCUGUCCAAUCUUUUCCAAGCCGUGCCGACGCUGAACUUGCCGGAGGCGGCGUCCCACGUCUACGCCAAGGGUUACACGCAUCUCGAAGAGCUGCAGAAGAUGCCCGGUGUCCUCGCCAGCUGCGUCGUCUUUGAUGAGAGAGUGCUGGCGAGUCAGUUCACGCCCGAAAUAACGCAACUCCUGCUCCUGGCGGCUACCUCUAAGGAAAGGCUGGCAAUGCAGGACGUCCAUGUAAACUAUUCUAUACCCCCUGCCGUGCGUCUAGUGAACGUCUACCUACAGGCCUCAUGGCUCAAGGAUCUGGCCGUCAUCAACAAGCAGUCCAACGAGAGCCCCAAAGAGCUCGACAAGUACGUCGACUACGACGACAACGCCGCUGACGACGAAAAGAGUUCAUCGCGGAGCACGAACUUGAUACAGGAACAGGCCGCCUGCCAAGACGACGAUGGUAUGCAUCGACUUCAAGCCACGGAGAAGGAACACGAAAGGGCCGACUCGCUGAGCGACGUCGACUCGGCCCUGUCGUCGCAGACGACCAACCACUCUUCGACGUGCGCCCCCUUGGCGUCGACAAUACUGCAGCUGACGGGAAAACGGAGCCUACCGGACAGCGACUUCCUAUCGGACUUCGAUUCGGCGGAGGACGCGUCAGAUGGUGCGGGACCCGACGCCUGUCUGAGGCGCCUCGCCGAGCUCCAGUACACAGUAGCCGAUUGCCUCAGGAUCUCGGAGGAGAACCUGGCGGCGGAUGGCAGACGGAAGCGGAGGGCGUCAAGCAGGAGCUCCAGGAGAAACCUGAGGAAGUACGUGUCCAGGCCAGACUUGAAUCGCGUCCUCAAUGACAUCGACGAAGUGCAGGGCCAGGAGUACGCCUCCACUACCGCGACACCGUAUAGGCACAACGCCGACGUCAACGUUUUCCAGGACUAUGACGCCGGCAUGGGGUUCGACGCGGCGGGACUGUUCUACCAGGCGCAGACGAUGCAGGCCCCCUCCCUCAUCAGCCACCUCAAGAGCCAGCAGGCGAGAGACACUGCUACGACGUCACCGAAGGAGGUCGCGACGUGCCAGUCUAACAGCCAGGUGCUGUUCGACCUGUACGCCAAGAAAUUUCAGCGGGCGUUGACGAAGUUCAGUGAUGCGUGCUCAUCACUAAACAUAGGUAAGGAAGUGGCCUCUGGAAAAAAAAGUCUGCUCAGCGCCCUGCGUAAGACGUGCUUGAGGCCACCCGAGCCCAAGGCAACUACAGGAUCAGACCAAGGUGUUUCAAAGCAGAACGCUCUGAAUUCUUUUGAUCUGCCACCGGUGAUUCAGGUUGAGCUGGGCGAAGCACUUGAUGUCCCCGUGGAAAAAUCUAAUCAAACUUUCAGAAAACGCAAGGACGACAGUGGUGGCUCCCUCCGUUUCAGCAGCAUGCCUGCACAGGAGCGACCAAAAAGUGAAACCGAACGUGUGCGUAGUGCUGAAGACAUUGAUCGGUGUACUGUGCUCAGUGAUGAUGACGAAAGGACAGAUGCAGGGUGCGAGUUGAUAAGGACAACGUUGUUCGUGCAAAGAUAUUGCAACAUGGCGUGCCUGGUGUUGCUGGCAGACGCUGCAGAGGAGAACGAAGCUUUCAUCCAUUCACUGUGGAGAAGAUGCAUAGCAGAACUCGGUGACUUGGAGGUGGCAGCAAGAAGCUGGCAGCACCGGGAUACUGAGUCUGCAAAUGCUACAGUGUGUGCUGAGGUGUGCUACAACAGCAAGCUGCACAGCGUCACAGGCUCGCUACCAACACUCGAAGAGCAGGCGAAGUGGCACCUACAGUCGAUACAGUGCGCACAUGAAGAGUUCCUGAGGACCACGUGUGUUAACAACAUAAAUGAACUGUCCCUGGGCAACACAUGGAUACAAGCUACCAGAAGUGAAGAUCACGAGAGCUUCAAAGUGACAACCGACGUCCCAAAGCAUUUGUCAGCAGCAAAUGUGGCUUGAAGAGAUUUGUAAUGUAAAACAUCAAUCACAUGAACAAAAAAACAUUAGCUCUGUUUCACAGUGUCGCAGAAAGAAAACAUGCAUCAAUAAAUAUAAUUCCAUCGUGUUCACUGUGAAAAAACGACACUCUCAAAAUAAACUUACGCGAGCAGUGCAAUAAAAUUAUGUACUU